AUGGUCAGUCAAGCAACCAUCGAAAAAGUUAAAACAAUGAUUGGUGAAAAACCAGUGUUCGUUGCAGCCAAGUCGUACUGUCCUCAUUGCAGAGCAACAAGAGAAACCCUAUUUGAAGAGUACAACCUACCAAGGGAAAAGGCUUUAGUUUUAGAAUUAGAUUUGAUGACAGAUGGUGCUGAAAUUCAAGAAGCCCUUGCUGAAAUAACUCAUCAAGAUACUGUGCCAAACAUCUUCAUCUAUGGCCAACAUGUUGGUGGUAAUUCAGAUUUGCAAGCAUUGAAGAAGGAUGGUCAAUUGAAGGAAAUGUUAGACCCUGUCUGCCAAUAA